GUUAUCAAGAACUCUGCAUACAAGUAGGACCAAGCUGAAAACACUCGGUUUUUUCCCCAUUUUUCUCUUACCUUCAUUAAUCUUGAGUACCAUGAAAAUUGCCAUCAUCUGUCUCUGUUUUACAGUGGUGUUCGCGGUAGACCUGCGACAGACUGACCCCGGAUCUCACCAACCAGACACGUCAAACCCGACAUUUUACGAAGAUACCCACCACCGAGUGCUGGUAAUCAAAACGAGUACGGGAUGUUACUUGUACCACAUGACUCACGAAGAGAAGGUCGACGCUCAGAACCCAGGAGGAAUCAAAACUCUAGAGGAUGACCUGAUUAAAUUGCUGACCUCUGGAGCCCGACUGGUGGCCAAUCACGACAUCCGACACAUGGAUCAUCAUACAAAAGCCAUGUGUAGUCACAUGCCCAAUUUCUCUCUACACAGACACUGACUGGUUCUUUGGAUUUAAAGAAUUUACAUAAUAAAAGUUCAGAAGUC